GUAUAAAUCAGAAUAUAUUCAAAAGUUGUAAAAUCAAAUGAGUAUCAAGAAUAUCAAGUAAGUAUUUUUUAAAUUGAAGAAUAGUAACAGUAAUAAUCUAUAAAUUAAUUUUAUGGUUUUAGUAAAGCCUGCAGAAAUUCCAGUGUACAAUAUGAUUCAUGAAACUCAACCAGAAGAACCCGAGCUUGAUCUAUCUGAAUUGGCUGAAGUUAUGAACCCUGAAAUUGAUUAUCAGUCUUCUGAAGAACAGCCAAUUAUAAUUGAUUAUGAGUCUUCUGAAGAAGAGCCAAUUAUAAUUGAUGCAGCAGGUCAUGAACAUCAACCUCCUGUUCAUAAACCAGCUUGCUGUCCAGUUCACACUCCAGUUGAAGUUCCAAUGAUUCCAAGUGAUGCUUCCGAAGAGCGUGACGCCUACAUUUCUGAGGACAGGCCACCGAUUGAUUUUGAACAAAUUGGAGAUCAUGUUGUUGUAAUGCCAGAGCACUUAUUGCCGGCCAAGGUUCCACACUGUUCGUAAAUGUAUACAAUUGAUUUAUGUGCAAACAUGUUGAAAUAAAUGCAAAAUAUAUUGAUUAA